GGAACAUUCCGAACCCGUUUCCCAUAGUAACCCACAACCUCGACUACCAUGGAAUCGCUGCUUCCAACCCAACUUCCGACCAAACUCCAGGAUGUUGACCCCAACGUUCUAGGACUCGCCGUCGUCUCGCUAUCGGCCUGUGCAUUGGCAUGGAAGAGCUACUCAUCUCGCACCUCGCGGCCUAUGCCCCCGAGCCCGCCGACGAAUCAUUGGUUCUACGGCCACAAGGUUACACGAAACUUACCUUUCCUUCAAAUCGAGGAGUGGAUCAAGGAGUACGGUCCCAUCAUUACACUCAGAGAUGGAACAGAGAAGUACGUUGUCAUAGGCGGACAGCAGGCCCUCUUCGACAUCAUGGAGAGACAGGGCGGUCUACUAGCUGACAGACCCCACCGCAUAUCCAUCACCGAGUUGCUCACUGGGGGCGUUAGCAUCGGAUUCGCUAAUGGUUCUCGACUUCGUCUCAUGCGACGCGCAAUGCACACACACCUCCAGCCAAAAGCCGUCGGCACCUACGCCCCUCUGCAAAUGGAACACGUCCGCGGGACUAUCAUUGGCCUGCUCGACGAGCCGAUGAAAUACCAGAGUCACGCGCGGGCGUACGCUGCGUCCGUCGUGCUCAAGGUCGCGUACGGCAAGAACACGCCUACCUCCGCGUCUGACCCCGAGGUGCAAGAGAUCGAGCGCAACAUGACCAUGACGCGUAAGGCGCUCCGCCCCGGCGCGUACCUCGUCGACUACGCGCCGCUUAGCUGGCUCAAGUAUAUACCCUGGUACGGAUCGGAGCUCAAAAGGACGCACGAGAGCAACGCAAAGGUGUUUGUGGAACAUCUGGAGAACGUGCGGAACAAACUUAACGAUGGCGAUGCUGGCCCAUCAUUUAGCAAACACCUAUUCGAGAAUGAGAGCAGUUAUGGAAUGACGCGCAAGGAGAUGGCCUUCCUCGCUGGCUCGUUCUUCUCCGCUGGCUCUGAAACUAGCGCGAUUGGAGCGUGCCAGAUCAUGAUGUCGGCCGCACUCCACCCCGAAAUCCAGGCCCGCAUACAGGCAGAAAUUGAUGCCGUUGUCGGGCACGACAGAGCGCCGACAUUCGAUGACGAGAACUCGCUCCCUCUCAUCAGGGCAUUCGUGCAAGAAGUACAUCGGUGGCGGCCAAUUGCUGCUAUGGGUCUCUCUCACUAUACCACUGACGACGUUCUCUGGAAUGGCUACUGUAUUCCCAAGGGAACGGCUGUCUGGGGGAACCAAUGGACGGCAUCCCGAGACCCCGACUUCUGGACCGACGCCAACAAGUUCGACAUCAACCGGUGGCUCACCGAAGACGGCGCCUUCCGCGCGGACCUCAACGACAUGCGGCACCUCGCCUUCGGCUUCGGACGGCGCAUCUGCCCAGGCCAACACCUCGCCCAGCGCUCGCUCCUCAUCAACGCCAUCGUCAUCCUCUGGGCCUUCCGCAUUUCGCUCGAUCCAACCAAGUACUCCAAGGACGCGCUCCGCCUCCUGGCGGAGAGCCCCGAGAUCGACUCGUUCGCGUACAUGCGCGGCGUACCGACCAACAAGCCCGCGUUCAGCUACGUGUUCGAGCCGCGCAUCGAGCCGGACCGGUUGCGGGAGAUGAUGAAGGACUACCCGUAUGCGUGAGCUAUGGGCAGUCUUAUGUUUUUUUUCGAGAUGGACUAGUAUAUAGUGAUGGACGAUAUGUAAUAAGUUUGGGCCUAGCUCUGUCCAUAUAAAUUAUCUGACUCGAAGGCUCUCAGCUCCAUCGUCGCCGUCACUGCAGGUGUAUGCCAAGAAGCUACGGAGAGCCAGGAAAUUCAUGCCCCC